ACGGGCGCUCCCCGCGUGCGCGCGCUGGUGCUGAUGCAGACAGACAGAAGCAUCCUACCGGACAAACACCGCAGGACGUGUGGGAAAGUGAUGCUUUGACGUUGGAAGGGCUUCCUGAGACUCGUGCCUCUGGCAUGGCGGUGCGCUCUGACCUGUGGGGUACGGCUCAGCCGGUGUUUAAAUCCUUGCCCGCAGCCGGUGGCAGUCCCGUGGAGGAGCUGGACGUCAGGAGUUUCCUGGGCUCACUGAUGGAGGAGAACGGCACAGCGGAGAGAUGUUAUAGCUCUCACUCCCACAGCAGUGUCCUGCAGGGUCUGCCUUUCGGAGGAGUCCCCACCGUCCUCACCAUCAACGUCGUUCUGUGGCUGUUCCUGCUUCUGAUCUUCUCUUGUUUGAGGAAGGCAGCGUGGGACUACGGCCGCCUGGCUCUGCUUGUGGAAAAUGACAGCUUGACAUCACUUUUCUAUGGAGAACCAAGUGAGAAAGAGAAAACCCCGUCAGAAUCCAGCCCAUCAGACUCAGAGACCAAGGACGUGGGCUUCUGUUCCUGGCUCACAUCUCUGUACCACAUGAAGGAUGAGGAGAUCCGCAGUAAAUGUGGCAUUGAUGCGAUCACGUACCUGUCUUUCCAGCGUCACAUCAUCCUGCUCAUGAUGGUGGUGUGUUCGCUGUCACUCACCAUCAUCUUGCCUGUCAACCUCUCUGGAAACCUCCUAGGAGAUAGCCCACAGAAUUUCGGCAGAACAACCGUGGUUAAUGUGCCCACACAGAAUAUAUUUCUGUGGCUGCACAGCAUCUUUGCUCUGCUGUAUUUUGUGAUCACAGUAAUGUGCAUGGCCCAUCAUUCCUCACGACUGGAAUACAGAGAAGAUGAGAAGGUGGCCAGAACUCUAAUGAUAACUUCAAUUCCCAGAGAAAUCUCUGAUCCCGGCCUGAUCGCCAAACACCUGCACGAAGCCUACCCUAGCUGCACCGUCACAGACAUCCGGUUCUGCUUUGACGUACAAAAACUAAUGAAGCUGGACUCCGAAAGGCGAAAAGCAAUGAAAGGAAGGCUGUACUUCACAACCAAAGCUCAGAAGGAAGGCAGGAUCAUGAUAAAGACUCACCCGUGUGCACAGAUCUUCUGCUGUGAUUUAUGUGGCUUUGAGCAGGUGGAUGCAGAGCAGUAUUACAGUGAACUGGAGGAGAAGCUGACAGAUGAGUUUAAUGCAGAGAAGAACCGUAUCUUUAUGAAGAGGCUGGGCAUUGCCUUUGUUACCUUCAGAGAUGAGAGAAUGACUGCAGUCAUUGUGAAAGACUACAGCCGAGCUCACUGCCGCCUCAGACCCCAGCAGUCCAGCAUCACCACAGUGGUGCAGUCCCAUCAGUGGGGCGUUUCUUACGCCCCGGCCCCUAAUGACAUCAUCUGGGAAAAUCUGUCAGUGUGUGGUUCUCGCUGGUGGCUCCGCUGCGUCCUGCUCAACAUCCUGCUCUUCCUCUUGCUCUUCUUUCUCACGACCCCUGCUAUCAUCGUAAACACCAUGGACAAGUUCAACGUCACCCGGCCGGUUGAAAGCUUAAGGAACCCAGUAAUUACCCAGUUCUUCCCCACCCUGCUCCUGUGGGCCUUUUCCAUUCUCCUGCCCUUCAUUGUGUACUAUUCAUCUUUUUUUGAGUACCACUGGACCAGGUCCGGUGAGAAUCAGGUCACCAUGCAUAAAUGCUUUUUUCUGCUUGUCUUCAUGGUGAUCAUUCUACCAUCACUGGGUCUCUCCAGCCUGGAUUUGUUCUUCAGGUGGCUCUUUGACAUCCACUUUCUGGAUGAAACAGAUGUCAAGUUUCAAUGUGUGUUUUUGCCUGAUAACGGAGCUUUUUUUUUUAACUACGUGAUCACGUCCAGUCUGAUCGGAACGGCUAUGGAGCUUCUGCGUGUUCCUGCUCUUCUGGUGUACUCUCUGCGUCUUUGCUUUGCCAAAUCUAAAGCUGAACGCAUACAUGUUAAAAGAAGUCAGGCCUACGAGUUUCAGUUUGGUCUUGAAUAUGCCUGGACCAUGUGCAUAUUUUCAGUCAGUAUGACCUACAGCAUCACCUGCCCCAUCAUUGUUCCCUUUGGGUUGCUGUACCUUGUACUGAAGCACAUGGUAGAUCGCUAUAAUAUCUACUACGCCUAUCUACCCACAAAGCUCAGCCAGCGGAUCCAUUCGGCCGCCAUCAGUCAAGUGGUGGUGGCACCCAUUCUCUGCAUGUUCUGGCUGCUGUUCUUCUCGGUGCUCAGACUGGGUCCAGUGCAGCCCGUCACUCUGUUCACUUUCAUAACUCUCUUGUGCUGUAUUGCCUUCUCCUGCUUUGGCUUCUGUCUGAAAAAACUACGACCCGACAGAUCAACAAGCUAUCAGAUGUCCGAUCAGACGACAGAAGGAGGCUUCACUGAUGCGGAAAGAAGCACCGUUUCCACCACAGCCACAGCUAAUCUUUUUAUAGCCUCCGUCUUGCUGGAGCCAGAGCUGGGCCUGACUCCCAUGCCUUCUCCAGCCCACCAGAGCUACGGCACCAUGGGGAACAGCCAGAGCUCAGUGCGUGACCCCGAAGGGGUGGAGGAGAAGGACCUGGAGGAAACUUUGGAGACUGAACUCAAGGAUGAGCCAGAUCCCAGCUGCCCGAGCCCUCUCAUGGACAGUCCUGUGGGUUUCCAGUGACCAACCUUUCCCCAUUUCCCACUCGCUAACGCUCAAGCCCCAUGCUUUAUCUUAGCUAGUGGCUGAUAAAGAGGCACUAUGCUGCAAAAUGUUUCCUCUUGUUUCCUCUACAAGCUCCAUUUACCAGUAAAAGACAACAAAUUGCAGACAUCCAUGCAGCUUCAAAAAGCUUGUUGGGAAUUCACUGACAUGGAGGACUUUGAUGAGCUUUCAAAGAGGUAUCUGAAGUGGAUAAAAGCAAAGAUCUGUCGAAGAAAGAGGCCAGCCACUUCUCUUGCUCUGACUAUGCUUUCUACUUCCUUCUGUAUUUUUCUUUUCUCUCUAAUGAUGUUAAUGGGUGUCUGGUGGUUUGGUUGACUGAGGCUUGGAACAUUGUAUUUCAACAGAUGUUUCGAUGUACUUUUUUUAAUGCAUAGUCACGUUGUAUAGCUCCAAAAAGUUGAGACAUCCAAAUCUUAUUUGCUUAUUAUUAAUCCUUUUGCUGAUGUUGCAGUUUGUGCUUAUUACUGUUAUUUUUAUUCAGUACUUGUAUUUUAGCAAUGGUACGUAAUUGUGCAACAUUAUGCAAAGAGUGCAUUACUAUUAUUAGAUUAUUAUUACUGUCAUUAACACCCUCAACAUCUAUUGCAGUGUGCAUCAGAGUCAGUCACUCCCAGGUAUUGUUUGUUUUGCAGUGACAAUAGCAGUCGUGUUGUGCAUACUGCAGUCAAUUGGCACUACAGUAGAUUUCAAAGUCAAUGAGGCACUCAUUCCAUAAUUUGUUUGUUUUUUUCUUUCCCGUUAAGUUCAGUCAGUUGUUUGGUCUGUGGUAGAGAUAUGAGGACAUUCGAAAGUGAGGUUUUCAGUCACUUAUAUAAAGUCUAAUUUAGUUCUUACGUAAUGAACUGGAAAAAAAAACAAUAUCUGCAAAAACAAUCAGUUUGUUGGGGGGAAAAAAAUGAGAUGUUAAAGGGAUGAUCAAAAAGCCUUAAGCUUUGUUGGCAUAAAUUUAACUCGCUCAGUUUCUACAGUAACGCACUUACAAUAUGGUCUAUGGAGCAUUACAGAAAGAUUAAAGCUCGAAAAACCAUUUAUAUUAAUGCUCCAGGCAAAUAAAUAGCCACUGACUUCCAGAAAUAAGCAUUGUCUUUUUUGGCCAACAAAUUAUGUAAUUCCUACAGUAUAUGUUCAGAAUCACUUAAGUCAUUGAGUUCAUACCUUCCUACUUCAGGAUUUAAUACCAGUUAUUAUAAACUAUGAGUUAUAUAAACUAUGAUUUGUUUUAGUAUUCGUAUUUAGUCAAUUUUUUUUCACUUGUAUGUUACUAUUUGCGCCAUAAAUGCAUGCAAUAUUAGCACACUUUCUAAGGAUUGUCUGACAAAACCACAUUUGAGCGCGAAGCCUUUCACAGCUUAUCUUUACAUUGUUGCUGCGCAUUUUAGUCACCGUCUAGAGCUCUGUGUAUUAAUAUAAAAGUGUUUUAUUUUAACUGUAAGUCAUUUUAGGUUUACAUUAUCCAAAAGAGGAAAAUUUAAGAUCUAAAUUUGCUAAGCUAAGCGGUUUUUCAUGAUAACAUUUACAUUUUGUGGUUUUAGAAUUGAAACAUCAUGUAUUUUAGCAUCUAUUCUGGUCCAAUUGACUAAGGCUAUUGACUUUUAUUGUAUGUUUAUUACUUUUUACAAACUAAGGGAUGAGUUGAAGUUGCUGAUGGAGCUUGGCAUUGAGAUUAGAAUUAGAAAAAUAAUCAAAUCCAUGAAAUAUGUUUGUAAAAUUAUUUACAGGAAGUCUUAUGACAAACUGAAAAUGGCAAGUCAUUGGCUGAUCCUACACACAAGUCUUCAAUUCCAGUCUCCAACUGCAUGUUGUUUAACUCUGUUACAUGCUCAAACCAGCCUGCAGCUGUCUUUAGAUCCAUUAAGUGUUGCUCUGGCUUCUGUAACACUUUCAUUUUCUUAGUAAAUUUUGUAUUCUUUGUCUUUGCUGCUAGUGGUUCUAGGGCUGGAAGGGAAGGGGUGGGUGGAGGGUUUUCUUUACUGAAUGUAAAUGAGUUGUGAUUUGUACCGUGCUCUCUUGCUGUGCCUUGAAGAAACAGAUUUUAAGAAGUAAACAGAAAAAAGUUAUGUCUGACAAUCCAGCAUGACCUGCAAUAUGCUGCAUGGACUACAGAGCAAGAUAAAACAAAGAAGCUAGAUUCUAAAGCCCAUUCCACCAAUGAAUCAAACAGGUGAGAGAUUCCUAAGUUUUAAACUGACUUAGCCUCAAAACAUACUCUGUGCAAGUACGCAAAUGAUUCUCGCUAAGUUGUUGAUUUUGAUUUCUGAAAUGUGUCGGACCACUAUUUAUAAAAAUGCUAAAAUCUGCAUUGCAUGUUGACUUCUACAGUCAUUUUUAGUCUUUCAGGUCAACCACUGUCAUGGCGAAGCAGCAGUUUGAGCAAGUUAAUUCCUAGCACACUAAACAUAUUCAACAAGGCAAAUGCAUUGACCAAAUAUUUGCGCCUGAAUACUUAUGUGAAAAGUGUUUCUGUCUAUACAGUUCAACAGUAAACAAUUGCAUUCCAAUCGCAUCGAAUUCACACUGAUUAUCAUUGGCUUCACAGUAUCUAUGAUAUACACAAACAUAUGCAAACACUCAAGUCUUCAAUACCUACUGUACCUGAUAUACUGCUCUUUUGAGAUACUUUUUGAUAUUUAUUUUUGUUCUGUUUGUAUUCGCAAGCUGUCGAUGUAUACAACUUAUUCAGUAUUGGUUUACAGAAUGUGGCUUGAGGUGUCAUGUCAUGUGACAGGGCGCUUAUGACAGUAAAUUGCUGCACAUUUUUACAUUGCAGCAGCACAGGGCGUAAGGGUAUAAAAUUAAAUUGACAAAAACUUUAUGCUGUUAAGUAGUGUCUCUAUUUCAUCAUUCUAUAUGUUUAAACAAAUCCCUACCCUAACUAGUCCUGCACUGUUUGUGCUACACUGAUAAACAUUUGGUGUUGAAAUUAUUUUUACGCUAGUAAAAGCGAAAUUCUGUCAUCAAUUACUCACCCUUUUGUUGUUCCAAACCCAUAAGACCUUUGUUCAUCUUCGGAUCACAAAUUAAGAUAUUUUUUUACCCUGAAUAGACAGCAAUGCCACUACCACAUUUGAGGACCAGAAAGGUAGUAAAGGCAUAAUUAAAAUUAUUCAAAAAUGUAUUCUCUUACAUGACAGUCUUUGACACUUUCGUGAGAGUACUACGAUGAAUUGUGUGUGCAUUCCUCUGCUUUCAAAGCUCUCCGUUUUCCUCAAAAAUAUCUUAAAUUUGUGUUCUGAAGAUGAACAAAGUUUCUACUGCUUUUGAACAACAUUAGGGUUAGUAAUUAAUGACAGAAUUUUCAUUUUUUGGGUGAACUUUAAGUUCCCUUUAAGUCAAGUAACACACUGAAUUAAACUUGAAAUUUUCAAGUAGAAAGAUUUAAAUGUAAUUUAUUAACAAGAUUCGGGAGGAGCGCGUCAGAUACUUAG